UUGCCAUCUCAUCAUGAGCUACAAGUUGUUCGUGCCCCAAGGCAGCUCCCGCGCCUUCAAGAUUUUGAUCGCAGCUGAAUACAACGGCGUGAACCUCGAGAUCCCGGAACACUUCCAGAUGGGUGUAGACAACAAGUCGGCUGAGUUCUUGAAACUCAACCCCUUGGGCAAGGUCCCCGUCUUGCAAACCCCUGAAGGGCCCAUCUUCGAGUCGAACGCGAUCGCUCGCUAUGUCGCUCGCAUUCGUGCUGACACCGGCUUGCUCGGCAAGACCUUCUACGAAUCCGGCCAAGUCGACCAGUGGGUGGACUUCGUUGCUAACGAACUUGAAGUGCCCCUCAACGCGCUUUUGUACCCCAUCUUUGGCUACCGCAAGUGGGAAGCUGAACUUGAAAAGAAGGCGAUUGAAGACACGAAGAAGGUCUUGCAAAUCUUGGAAAACCAUUUGCUCCUCCGCACGUACUUCGUCGGCGAACAAAUCACCCUUGCCGAUAUCUCGGUGUUCGGUGCCUUGAUCUACGCUUUCAAGUUUGCUUUGGACAAGGACUUCCGCAAGCCUUACUCCAACUUGCUCCGUUGGUUCACGACUGUGGCUGCUCAGCCCGAAUUCGCCGCCGUUGUCGGUGACGUGUUCCUUGCCGAUACCGCCACCUUGGCCGACGGUGCUCCUUCCAAGCAAGCCCCCAAGAAGGCUGCCGCCGCCCCCAAGGCCAAGAAGGAAGAAAAGCCCAAGGAAGCGGAUGACGACGCUGAUUUCGAUGAUGCCCCCAAGGAAAAGAAGGUCGAACACCCCCUGGCUGUCUUGAACCGCACCAGCCCCUCGAAGCUCAAGUUUGAUGACUGGAAGGUCACGUACUCGAACACCAAGCCUUUGUCCAAGGCCAUGCAAUGGUUGUGGGACAACUACGACCCUGAAGGGUACUCUUUCUGGUUCUGCACGUACAACUACAACCAAGAAAACACGAAGCUCUUCAUGACGUGCAACGCCGUCUCGGGCUUUCUCCAACGCUCGGAAGCGAUGCGAAAGUUUUCGUUCGGUGUGCAAUCCGUCCUCGGCGCCGAAGGCGGUUUGAUUGAAAUCGUCGGGUGCUGGAUGUUCCGUGGCCAAUCGGUCGAACACAUGCUCGAAGCCAACCCGGAUGCUGAAUACUACACGUGGACCAAGGUCGAAGUCCUCGACGACGCCGCCAAGGCCCGCAUCGAAGAAUACUUCUGCUCGGAAGAGACCAUCGACGGCAAGGUCAUCGCGGACGGCAAGGUCUUCAAGUAAAUUAAUUGCAACAAAACACCGGUUUUGCAAUUUGGUCGACUCGGGCUUCAUUUAUGCACGGAUAGAUUUCUUAUUUAAGACUGGACUUAAGUGUCCAAUUCGUUCGUUCA